GCCGCCGCAGCCAACAUGGCUGCGCUCCUGAGCCCGGGAGGCGGCCGCUGCUGAGCGCCGCCCGCCGCCUGGGCCCCCCCAGCGCGCCCAGGCCCCCGGCCCAUGGCCCCCGCUGCCUCACGGCCCCCGGCGCGCUAGGGCUGCAGCCAGGGGCUCUCCGCCCCGAGGCGCCGCGGGGCCGCUCGGGAGCCCGGGAGCCGUCCGGCGGGGCGGGGCGGCCCGCCACCAUGGAACCCCAGCGCCGGGAGCUGCUCGCCCAGUGUCAGCAGAGCCUGGCCCAGGCCAUGACGGAGGUGGAGGCCGUGCUCGGACUGCUCGAGGCCGCGGGGGCACUGAGCCCCGGCGAGCGGCGGCAGCUGGACGAGGAGGCGGGAGGCACCAAGGCGGAGCUGCUGCUGAAGCUGCUCCUGGCCAAGGAGCGGGACCACUUCCAGGACCUGCGGGCGGCGCUGGAGAAGACGCAGCCUCACCUGCUGCCCAUUCUCUACCUGAACGGCGUCGUCGGGCCGCCGCAGCCCGCCGAGGGCGCCGGUUCCACCUACAGCGUCUUGUCCAUCAUGCCCUCAGACUCAGAAAGCAGCAGCUCCCUCAGCAGUGUGGGCACCACCGGGAAGGCGCCGUCUCCACCGCCCCUCCUCACUGACCGGCAGGUGAACGAGAAGGUGGAGAACCUCUCCAUUCAGCUGCGGCUGAUGACCCGCGAGAGGAAUGAGCUGCGGAAGCGCCUGGCCUUUGCGACUCACGGGACGGCCUGUGACAAGAGGCCCUACCACAGGCUGAACCCUGACUACGAAAGGCUGAAGAUCCAGUGCGUGCGCGCCAUGUCGGACUUGCAGAGCCUGCAGAACCAGCACACCAACGCCUUGAAGCGGUGUGAGGAGGUGGCCAAGGAGACCGACUUCUACCACACACUCCACAGCCGGCUCCUGAGUGACCAGACCCAGCUGAAGGACGAUGUGGACAUGCUGAGGCGGGAGAACGGGCAGCUGCUGCGGGAGCGUAACCUGCUGCAGCAGUCGUGGGAGGACAUGAAGCGGCUCCACGAGGAGGACCAGAAGGAGAUCGGCGACCUCCGGGCCCAGCAGCAGCAGGUGUUGAAGCACAAUGGGUCAUCAGAAAUUCUCAACAAGCUAUACGACACGGCCAUGGACAAGCUGGAGGUGGUUAAGAAGGACUAUGACGCCCUGCGGAAGAGGUAUAGUGAGAAAGUGGCCAUCCACAAUUCGGACCUGAGCCGCCUGGAGCAGCUGGAGGAAGAGAACCAGCGCCUGCUGAAGCAGACGGAGAUGCUUACCCAGCAGAGGGACACGGCCAUCCAGCUGCAGCACCAGUGCGCCCUCUCCCUGCGGAGGUUCGAGGCGAUCCACCAUGAGCUGAACAAGGCCACGGCCCAGAACAAGGACCUGCAGUGGGAGAUGGAGCUGCUGCAGUCGGAGCUGACGGAGCUGAGGACCACACAGGCGAAAACUGCCAAGGAGUCCGAGAAGUACAAGGAGGAGCGGGACGCGGUGUACAGCGAGUACAAGCUCAUCAUGAGUGAGCGCGACCAGGUCAUCUCCGAGCUGGACAAGCUGCAGACCGAGGUGGAGCUGGCCGAAUCCAAGCUCAAGAGCAGCACGUCUGAGAAGAAGGCGGCCAGCGAGGAGAUGGAGGCAUUGCGACAGAUCAAAGACACGGUGACAAUGGACGCAGGGAGAGCCAACAAGGAGGCUGAAAUCCUUCGAAAGCAGUGUAGAGCUCUGUGCCAGGAGCUGAAGGAAGCCCUCCAGGAGGCAGAUGUGGCCAAGUGCCGGCGGGACUGGGCCUUCCAGGAGCGGGACAAGAUUGUGGCUGAACGGGACAGCAUCCGGUACGGGGAGGACAUUGACUUGAAGGCACUGGGGUUCGAUAUGGCGGAAGGUGUGAAUGAGCCCUGUUUGCCGGGAGACUGUGGCAUAUUUGUCACUAAGGUGGACAAAGGAAGUAUUGCAGACGGCCGUUUGCGGGUCAAUGACUGGCUGCUGAGAAUCAACGACGUGGACCUCAUCAACAAGGACAAGAAGCAGGCCAUCAAGGCUCUCCUCAACGGGGAGAUCAAUGGCAUUGCACUGGACAACAAAUCUCUGAAUGAGUGUGAAUCUCUGCUGCGUAGCUGCCAGGACUCCCUGACCCUCUCCCUCCUGAAGGUGUUUCCUCAGAGCUCCUCGUGGAGUGGCCAGAACAUCUUUGAAAACGUCAAGGACUCUGAUAAGAUGUUGAGCUUCCGAGCCCAUGGCCCGGAGGUCCAGGCUCAGAAUAAACGGAACUUGAUGCAGCACAAUAACUCCACGCAGACAGACAUCUUCUGUGCAGACAGGCUGGAGGACAGGAAGGAGCUGGGCCACCCGGGCGGCAGCAGCUCCUUCCUCCACAAGCCUUUCCCCGGGGGACCCUUCCCAGCCGCCCCCCAGGCCUGUCCCAGUGCCUCCGAGCGUAGCCUGAGCUCCCUCCGCUCAGAUGCUUCUGGGGAGCGUGGCUGUGGGCUGGUGGAUGUGCACAGCCGGCGGCCACUGCUGCCCUUCGAGACUGAGCCGGGCCCCUGUGGAGUGUCAGAGGCCCCCGCGGAUAAGGCCGAGCCUGAGAGCUCCAACAGUGGCGGGACCUGGCCCAAGGCCGUGCUCAGCUCCACGUCAGGGCCCGAGAAGCUCUCUGUUUACAAGAAACCAAAGCAAAGAAAGUCUAUCUUUGAUCCUAACACUUUCAAGCGCCCCCAAACGCCCCCCAAAAUAGACUACUUGCUCCCCAGCCCUGGGCCUGCUCACUCCCCCCAGCCUUCCAAGAGGGUGGGGCCUCUGACGCCCCCAAAACCUCCCAGGAGGAGUGACUCCAUUAAGUUUCAGCACAGGCUGGAAACCAGCUCCGAAUCAGAGGCCACCCUGGUGGGCAGCUCCCCAUCUACCAGCCCCCCGAGCGCCCUGCCCCCUGACGUGGACCCUGGGGAACCCAUGCACGCCUCGCCCCCUCGCAAGGCCCGGGUCCGCAUUGCUUCCAGCUACUACCCUGAAGCGGAUGGGGACUCCUCCUGCCUGCCUGCCAAGAAGUCCUGUGAUGAGGACCUCACCUCCCAGAAGAUGGACGAACUGGGACAGAAGCGCCGCCGGCCAAAGUCUGCCCCCAGCUUCCGGCCCAAGCUGGCGCCAGUGGUGAUUCCUGCUCAGUUCCUGGAGGAUCAGAAGUGCAUCCCAGCCAGUGGAGAAGUCUCCCCCGAGCUCCAGGAAUGGUCCCCGUACUCACCGGGGCACUCCAGCCGGCACAGCAAUCCCCCGCUCUACCCCAGCAGGGCAUCUGUGGGGACCGUUCCCCGGAGCAUGACCCCAAGCACCACUGUGAGCUCCAUCCUGAGGAACCCCAUCUACACCGUGCGCAGCCACAGGGUCGGCCCUUGCGGCUCUCCACCCGUCCCCAGAGAGAUCGGCCCCCAGGGUUUGCAGCCCAGUGUCCAGCACCAGGGACGCCUAAGCUUGGACCUGAGCCAUCGGGCCUGCAGUGACUACUCUGAGAUGAGAGCCUCCCAUGGGUCCAAUUCACUGCCCUCCAGCGCCCGCCUUGGGUCUUCAAGCAACUUGCAGUUCAAGGCAGAACGCAUUAAAAUCCCAUCAACGCCGCGGUAUCCCCGUUCUGUCGUGGGCUCCGACAGAGGUUCAUUGUCGCACUCGGAAUGCAGCACACCUCCGCAGUCACCUCUCAACGUCGACACCCUGUCCUCCUGUAGCCAGUCCCAGACCUCAGCAUCCACGCUGCCUAGGAUUGCUGUCAACGCUGCGGCCCUCGGGGAGCGGAGAAAGGACAGGCCCUACAUGGAAGAGCCGCGCCAUGUCAAGCUGCAGAAGGGCCCAGAGCCCCUCGGUAUCUCCAUUGUGAGCGGAGAGAAAGGUGGCGUCUACGUCUCCAAGGUGACCGGGGGGAGCAUCGCUCACCAGGCUGGCCUUGAGUAUGGCGAUCAGUUACUUGAGUUCAAUGGCAUAAACCUGCGGAGCGCCACAGAGCAGCAGGCCCGGCUCAUCAUUGGGCAGCAGUGUGAUACCAUCACCAUCCUGGCCCAGUACAACCCACACAUGCACCAGCUCAGCAGCCACUCCCGGUCCAGCUCCCACCUGGAUCCUGUCGGCGCCCACUCCACUGUCCAGGGCAGUGGGGCUGCCACCCCGGAGCAUUCCUCUAUCAUUGACCCGCUGAUGGAGCAGGACGAGGGCCCCAGCACACCCCCGGCCAAACAGAGCGCCCCCAGCUCCAGGGUGUUGGGAGAUGCCAACAAGAAGACCCCAGAGCCACGAGCUGUCUUCAUCAAAAAGUCCCAGCUGGAACUUGGAGUGCAUUUAUGUGGUGGGAACCUGCAUGGGGUGUUUGUGGCCGAGGUGGAGGAUGACAGUCCUGCCAAGUGCCCCGAUGGCCUUGUGCCAGGGGACCUCAUCCUCGAGUACGGUGGUCUGGACGUGCGCAGUAAGACGGUGGAGGAGGUCUACGUAGAGAUGCUGAAGCCCAAGGAUGGCGUCCGCCUGAAGGUGCAAUACCGCCCUGAGGAAUUCGCCAAGGUCAAGGGCCUGCCUGGCGACAGCUUCUACAUCAGGGCCCUGUACGACCGGCUGGCAGAGGUGGAGCAUGAGCUGAGCUUUAAGAAAGACGACAUCCUCUAUGUUGACGACACCUUACCCCAGGGCACAUUUGGGUCCUGGAUGGCCUGGCAGCUGGAUGAGAAUGCCCAGAAGAUGCAGCGCGGACAAAUCCCCAGCAAAUACGUGAUGGACCAAGAAUUCUCCAGGAGGCUCAGCAUGUCUGAAGUCAAAGACGACACCAACGCCGCCAAGACGCUGUCAGCGGCUGCACGCAGAUCCUUCUUUCGAAGGAAACACAAGCACAAACGCAGCGGGUCCAAAGAUGGGAAAGACCUCCUUGCCUUGGACACCUUUUCCAGUGACUCCAUUCCACUCUUUGAAGAUUUGGCGAGCCUUGCCUAUCAGCGGGUCCAGAAAGUCGACUGUACCUCCCUGAGGCCCGUCCUGAUCCUGGGGCCUUUGCUGGAUGUGGUGAAGGAAAUGUUGGUGAAUGAAGCGCCCGGCAAGUUCUGCAGAUGCCCCCUUGAGGUGAUGAAGGCCUCCCAGCAGGCCAUCGAACGGGGCGUCAAAGACUGCCUGUUUGUCGACUACAAGCGGAGGAGCGGCCAUUUUGAUGUGACCACAGUGGCUUCCAUAAAAGAGAUUACAGAGAAGAACUGGCACUGCCUCCUGGACAUCGGCCCCCACGCCAUCGAGCGGCUGCACCACAUGCACAUCUACCCCAUCGUCAUCUUCAUCCACUAUAAGAGCGCCAAGCACAUCAAGGAGCAGAGAGACCCCAUCUACCUGAAGGACAAGGUGACUCAGAGACAUUCCAAAGAGCAGUUUGAGACGGCUCAGAAGAUUGAACAGGAGUACAGCAGGUACUUCACAGGGGUCGUCCAGGGAGGAGCCCUGUCCAGCAUUUGCACUCAGAUCUUGGCAAUGGUCAAUCAAGAACAGAAUAAAGUCCUGUGGAUUCCCGCCUGCCCGCUGUAGGAGAACGCUGUGCUGUGAAAUGACUGCAGCUUGUCUGCCAGCGUCAAUAACUGGCUCCGCUCUGUAGUGACUAAAAAUAGAAGUUUGUCUGUAUAUAAGCGUGAAGGGGAAGGAUCCACAAACGAGGACUCCAGAGGUGCCUCCUUUGAGACAGAGGGCCGCAGACGAGUGGGAUCCGGUCCAGCCCAGCGAACUGCCUUCCUCUCACACGUGUGCUUUAAGACAAAAAACAAACACAAAAGACUUUGAUAGAGAGGUUCAAUACCAACCUUUCUUUAGCCAGCUGAUCAGAGAUGCUGCAAAGAGAACCUUUCAGAUCACAAGUUUACAAGCCUUUUCUAAGUAUUUGGUUGUUUAUGUUUACUUGAACUGCCCCAUUUUGUCGGUGCCCAGCCCCUACCCCUCUGUAGACCUGCCUGUGUUGCUUUGGUGUUGGUUUUGUUCCUGUUUUCGGCAAAACAACUCUGGAACCUCAUUGGGGCUGCUUUGCUGUAGAAGGUUCUUGUUGGUGGGACCAGAGAGCUGUGACAAACUUUCUGCCUCUCGAUGGCACCUCUCCUGGAAGGACAUCGCAACCGCGGAUGGUUAGACUUCUGUGGUGGCAACACCAGUGCCUUGUGGGGCCGACUUGCCAGCAGCAGUUUUGGCAGUCUUAACACACUUGUCUCAGACUUUCCCUCCUGCCUGCCACGUCCUCUCAUUUCUUCUCCAUCUGUGUUUAUCAUUUCAGCAUUCUGUCUGGUCCGUCAGAGCCUCAUGGGUUCACGAUGACACAGCUAGUUCUGGGCAGGGUGUUCGGUUAGGGCUGAUGCAUGCCAUUGGGUCCUCUUAGGUUCUGUAAAUACGAUGGCCUUUAUCAGUGCAAUGUUUGCAGGGCAGUCCUUACACUCUAGCGUGGGGCAGACACAUCAGCUCUGUUGAACAUGAAAACAUUCGUGUUUCAAACUUUGAGAGUUUUGGGGAAGCAUAAUAAUUAGUGUUGUCACUGUCAAAAAUCUAAAAAGAGUGGGAUCUUUUAGUCUUGGCUAUAGUGCUCACGGCAUGAACAGUACUCCAUGAGGAUGUCUUUGUUCGAGUUUUUUUUUUUUUCUCCACUUCUGACGCUGGAUGUCUCUGGCUGAAGAUUUGAUGUGGUUCCUCCCUCAACUGUGCGUCCUGUCCUGUUAAUACUAGGUACUGUACCAGGCUCCGUGUAAGUGUCACUGGGGUAGGAUCUAUAUUUUAAUACUGUUCCUGACAUUUCAUUUUACUACCAAGAAAUCUUUGAUUUCAUUUUAUUCUUUGUAAUUCUAGACACUAGACUGUAGUUUAGCCAUACUGACAUUUUUUUUAAAAAGGGAUAUAUUUUCUUGCACAGUUGUUCAAAACGAGACAUGUUUCAGUCCUCAAUGCUGCCCUUUGUUUUACAGGUACAAGUUUUCUAGCUCAGACAACUCAGACAAACUGUAGGCUGUCUCGAGGUCUUACUCGCAUAGCCUCUGGGCUGUUUCUCUGUGUCGCAGACAGAGUGGGACUGUGAUGGUACAGUGUGCACAGGUACUGUUCUGACAGACUGGGAUUUUCUGUACUAAAACCUUACUUUGUAUCAAAAGUUAAACAGACUUUAGUACAAUAAAUAAAGGUCAAUUUCUGUAA